AUGUCUUCCGGCUUCGGUCUCAACGGAGGCACCAGUCGCUGCUUUCCCUUCUGGCAAGAGGUUCUAGCUUGCUACGUUGUCAAUACCACAUCCGACGACGACUCUGGAAAGAAGAAAUGUGCGCCGGUAUUGGAGGAUUACUAUGAGUGCUUACACCACAAGAAGGAGGCUACGAGAGUACGAGCAUUACAACAGGCAUACCGGAAAGCUGCUGCUGCCAACCCUCGAGACGAUGCGCCAAAGGCUGGAGCGAUUAGAAAUCUAGGAUUGAUAGACAAGGACGAAGACACCAAAGCUGUCCUGGGCAAAUGA